GACGGCAUACUGGGGAACUGCAUAGACAUCGACUCGGUGGCCGUGGUGCAGCACAAGCUGGUGCACAGAAUUAGGUGGCAAGAUGUCGCCCCCCGUGCUGUACUACCUGCCGCCCAGUCCGCCCUGCCGCAGCAUCCUGCUCCUGGCCAAGAUGCUCGACCUGGACUUCGAGCUGAAGAUCGUCAACAUCCUGGAGGGGGAGCAGCUGAAGCCGGACUUCGUGGCCAUGAACCCGCAGCACUGUGUGCCGACCAUGAACGACGAGGGACUGGUGUUGUGGGAGAGUCGGGCCAUUCUGUCGUACCUCGUGGCAGCCUACGGAAAGAGUGACGAACUAUACCCCACGGACAUAAGGGUGAGGGCCUUGGUGGACCAACGUCUCCACUUCGAUCUGGGCACCCUCUAUAUGCGACUCACUGAAUACUAUUUCCCCACAAUGUUUAUUGGAGCCCCCUUGGACGAGGGAAAGCGGGCCAAACUGGCGGAGGCUGUGGGCUGGUUCAACAGGAUCUUGGAGGGCAGACAGUUUGCCGCCGCCGAGCACUUUACCAUCGCUGAUCUAACGCUUUUGGUGACCGUUUCCCAGUUGGAGGCCUUCGAGUUCGAACUGCGACCCUAUAAACAUAUCCGCCAGUGGCUCGAUCGCUGCAAAGAGCACAUGGCACCGUUUGACUACGAGGAGUUGAAUGCCAGCAAGGCCAAUUUACUGGCCGACAUGUUUAAGGCCAAGAUGAACCAAUCUGCAGGCGCAUAGGAAUGUCUUGAGAAGAGUUAACCAGUAGUAAAAUGUAUUUAUAAUCUAUCAGCUGUGUAAGUGUUGUAUUUAAUAAAUGUGUUGUUCUGUAAAAUU